AUCUAAUUGCAUAAACAAAACCAACCCAAUAUCACACUGUUUAACCUUGACCCGAAGAAGAAUUUAAUCAUUUCCCUCUUUUUCUUUCUUUCAUUUCCGUCAUUUCUUUCGUUUCCUCGUUUCUGUUCUCCAUUCUUUACCGGGAGGGCGAUCACCGUCUGCCUUACUUCCAUAUCAUAUCUAUGGCGACUCCUGCGUUUCUUCAUUAGCUUCCCACGUCACAGCUCGAGAAUUGCAAGCUCUGUCUGUCUGUGCGGGGAACGAAUUCUUUAUUCGUCCCUGGGGAUUACCGAAAUUCUGUCUGUUGUCGUAGUUCCGUUUCCGGGUUGGGUUUUCGCUGCAAUUCAGUCAAUUCCCUCACAGGGAGGAAUCGUUGUUCGCCCGAGGGUGCAGUUGGGAGAUGGGGGAUCGGAAGGGCGAGUUGGUAGGGGCGCUCGCCGACUCGGUGAGGGAGAUCGCCGGGCUGCCCGAGUGCAGGAACAUCUGCAAGAACAUGUACAGCAACCUGGUGCGGAGGAUUAAGCUGCUGAGCCCCCUGUUUGAGGAGCUCAAGGAUGGAGACCAGGAAAUUGGGGAAGAAGACUUGGAGGGGUUGGAGGUGCUGAAGAGAGCAUUGGAUUCUGCUAAGGUUGUGCUCAAGUCUGUGAAUCAGGGAAGCAAGCUUUACCAGGCUUUCCAGUGGGACAAGAGUGCUGCAAAAUUCCACCGGGUGACGGAGCAGAUAGAAGAGGCACUCAGUCAGGUCCCUUAUACGAAGCUCGACAUUCCGGAAGAAGUUCGCGAACAGAUUGAACUGGUGCAUGCUCAAUUCAAGAGAGCCAAAUCGAAGGGGGAAGGGACUGACUUACAGCUCGUGAUGGACUUGGACGUGGCACAGAAGGAGAAGGACGUAGAACCCACAGUGCUGAAGAGGCUGUCGGAGAAGCUUCAGCUCAGGACUAUCAAUGACCUAAAGAAAGAGUCGCUUGCGAUACACGAACUGGUUAUUGCUAGCGGGGCCGAUCCCGAAAAUUGCUUGGAGGUGAUGUCCUCGUUGCUAAAGAAGCUAAAGGACUGCGUCCUUAAGGAGAAUCCCGAGGCUGAUGCCAGUGAGGGUGAGAAGAGUCCGAUGAAGCAUAGGUCUCCAGUCAUUCCUGAUGAUUUUCGGUGCCCGGUUUCUCUCGAGCUGAUGAAAGAUCCUGUCAUCGUUUCCACUGGACAGACGUACGAGAGAUCGUGCAUCCAGAAAUGGCUUGAUGCUGGCCAUCGCACAUGCCCAAAGACGCAGCAGACGCUCCUUCACACAGCCCUGACUCCAAACUAUGUCCUCAAGAGCCUAAUCGCCCUUUGGUGCGACAGCAAUGGAGUCGAGCUUCCAAAGAAGCAAGGCAGCUGCCGGAGCAAGAAGUCAGGAGGGGGAAGUGGUGCUUCUGACUGUGAUCGGGCAGCCAUUGAUGCCCUCCUAGAGAAGCUCGCAAAUGGGAACACCGACCAACAAAGGGCUGCUGCUGGUGAGCUCCGUCUCCUGGCCAAGAGGAAUGCUGAUAAUAGGAUUUGCAUUGCAGAGGCUGGUGCGAUUCCACUCCUUGUGGAACUGCUAUCCUCACCGGAUCCUCGGACCCAGGAACAUGCGGUGACAGCUCUCCUCAACCUCUCGAUAAAUGAGAGCAACAAAGGGACAAUUGUAAAUGCGGGAGCUAUUCCGGACAUAGUGGACGUGCUGAAGAAGGGGAGCAUGGAGGCAAGAGAGAAUGCCGCCGCAACCCUUUUUAGCCUAUCAGUGGUGGACGAGAACAAGGUGGCAAUUGGUGCUGCUGGGGCAAUUCCGGCCCUUAUAAGCCUAUUGUGCGAUGGGUCUCCGAGGGGGAAGAAGGACGCUGCCACUGCGAUAUUCAACCUCUGCAUCUACCAGGGCAACAAGGCCCGGGCAAUCCGGGCUGGGAUUGUGGGCCCGCUCAUGGGGCUCCUGAGGGACUCCGGCGGUGGGAUGGUGGAUGAGGCCCUGGCGAUAUUGGCAAUCCUCGUCAGCCACCCAGAGGGGAAGACUGCAAUAGGGCUAGCGGAGCCGAUCCCAGUCCUGGUGGAGGUCAUCAGGACUGGCUCACCACGGAACCGGGAGAAUGCAUCUGCUGUCCUCUGGUCGCUCUGCUCGGGAGAUCUGGAGCAGCUUAGGCUAGCGAGGGAGCUCGGGGCGGAGGAGAUCCUGAGGGAGCUCUUGGAGAGUGGGACGGAUCGGGCUAAGAGGAAGGCUGGGACUUUGCUCGAGCAGUUUCCGCGUCUCGAUGCAGCUCCUCCUUUGUGACAUCUUUGCUAGUGUGCUGUUUUUUCUCAAUGUAAUGGGUAAUGUUAUAGAGGUAGUUGAUAUCAAUACUCUUCCUCAAAAGAUGUAAAAUUACAUUUGUACAAGUGAAAUUGAAAGUAGUGCAAUGCAGAAUUGCAGACUGAAAUUUCCAGCAAA